AUGCGUAUCGUUCGGCCCGUGAUGGAUAGGCAGGUUCACACUGGGGAAAUGCCGUACACCUGCUCAGACUGUGGGAAGGGAUUUCCUCACCCAUCUCACCUGGAAAGGCAUCAACGUGUUCACACAGGUGAGCGGCCUUUCACCUGUUCAGAAUGUGGGAAGGCAUUCACUCAGUCGUCCAGCCUUCAGGCACACCUGCAGUUUCACACUGGGGAGAGGCCGUUCACCUGCUCAGACUGUGGGAAGGGAUUCACUCGGUCAUCUGAUCUCCUGGCACACCAGUCAGGUCACACUGGGGAGAGACCGUUCACCUGCUCACACUGUGGGAGGGGAUUUAAUCGGUCAUCCAACCUCCGGAAGCACCAGUAUGUUCACACUGGGGAGAGGCCGUUCAUCUGCCCAGAUUGUGGGAAGGGAUUCACUAGGUCAGCUGACCUGCGGGCACACCGGUCAAUUCACACCGGAGGGAGGCCAUUCACUUGCUCAGACUGUGGAAAGGGAUUCAUUGAGUCAUCUCAACUGAAGGUACAUCAGCGAGUUCACACUGGGGAGAGGCCGUUCACCUGCUCAGACUGCGGGAAGAGGUUCACAAGGUCAUAUUACCUCCUGCUACACCAGUCAGUUCACACUGGGAAGCUGCCAUUCACCUGUUCAGACUGUGGGAAGGGGUUCAGUAGAUCACAUGACCUCCUCUUACACCAGUCAGUUCACACUGGGGAGGCAGCGUUCACCUGCGCGGAUUGCGGGAAGGGAUUCACCCGGUUAUCUCGCCUGUUGGCGCACCAGUGGGUUCACACUGGGGAGAAGCAAUUCAUCUGCUCAGAUUGUGGGAGGGGAUUUUCUCACUCGUUUAAUCUGAAGGCACACCAGCGAGUUCACACUGGGGAGAGGCCGUUCAUCUGCUCUGAAUGUGGGAAGGGGUUCACUCGGACAUGUGACUUACUAGCACACCAGAGAGUUCACACCGGGGAGAGGCCGUUCCACUGUUCAGACUGUGGGAAGAGAUAUACUCAGGCAUUUCAUCUGAAGGUACACCAGCGAAUUCACACUGGGGAGAGGCCAUACACCUGCUCUGAAUGUGGGAAGGGAUUCACAACGUCAUUUGCCCUAAAAUCACAUCAGCGGGUUCACAGUGGGGAGAGGCCAUUCACCUGCUUUGAAUGUGGGAAGGGAUUCACUUGGUCAUCCAACCUGAUAAAACACCAGAGAGUUCACAGGGUUGAGGGGGCGUUGAACCCUUCUGUGUCUGGGAAAUAGAAACAUAGAAAACAUAGAAAAUAGGUGCAGGAGUAGGCCAUUCGGCCCUUCGAGCCUGCACCACCAUUUAUUAUGCUCAUGGCUGAUCAUCCAACUCAGAACCCCGCCCCAGCCUUCCCUCCAUACCCCCUGACCCCUGUAGCCACAAGGGCCAUAUCUAACUCCCUCUUAAACAUAGCCAAUGAACUGGCCUCAACAGUUUGCUGUGGCAGAGAAUUCCACAGAUUCACCACUCUCUGUGUGAAGAAGUUUUUCCUAAUCUCGGUCCUAAAAGGCUUCCCCUCUAUCCUCAAACUGUGACCCCUCGUUCUGGACUUCCCCAACAUCGGGAACAAUCUUCCUGCAUCUAGCCUGUCCAAUCCCUUUAGGAUCUUAUACGUUUCAAUCAGAUCCCCCCUCAAUCUUCUAAAUUCCAACGAGUACAAGCCCAGUUCAUCCAGUCUUUCUUCAUAUGAAAGUCCUGCCAUCCCAGGAAUCAAUCUGGUGAACCUUCUUUGUACUCCCUCUAUGGCAAAGAUGUCUUUCGUCAGAUUAGGGGACCAAAACUGCACACAAUACUCCAGGUGUGGUCUCACCAAGGCCUUGUACAACUGCAGUAGUACCUCCCUGCUCCUGUACUCGAAUCCUCUCGCUAUAAAUGCCAGCAUACCAUUCGCCUUUUUCACCGCCUGCUGUACCUGCAUGCCCACUUUCAAUGACUGGUGUAUAAUGACACCCAGGUCUCGUUGCACCUCCCCUUUUCCUAAUCGGCCACCAUUCAGAUAAUAAUCUGUUUUCCUAUUUUUGCCACCAAAGUGGAUAACUUCACAUUUAUCCACAUUAAAUUGCAUCUGCCAUGAGUUUGCCCACUCACCCAACCUAUCCAAGUCACCCUGCAUCCUCUUAGCAUCCUCCUCACUGCUAACACUGCCGCCCAGCUUCGUGUCAUCCGCAAACUUGGAGAUGCUGCAUUUAAUUCCCUCAUCCAAAUCAUUAAUAUAUAUUGUAAACAACUAGGGUCCCAGCACUGAGCCUUGCGGUACCCUACUAGUCACCGCCUGCCAUUCUGAAAAGGUCCCGUUUAUUCCCACUCUUUGCUUCCUGUCUGCUAACCAAUUCUCCACCCACACCAAUACCUUACCCCCAAUACCGUGUGCUUUAAGUUUGCACACUAAUCUCCUGUGUGGGACCUUGUCAAAAGCCUUUUGAAAAUCCAAAUAUACCACAUCCACUGGUUCUCCCCUAUCCACUCUACUAGUUACAUCCUCAAAAAAUUCUAUGAGAUUCGUCAGACAUGAUUUUCCUUUCACAAAUCCAUGCUGUCUUUGUCCGAUCAUUUCUCCGCUCUCCAAAUGUGCUGUUAUCACAUCCUUGAUAACUGACUCCAGCAGUUUCCCCACCACCGACGUUAGGCUAACCGGUCUAUAAUUCCCCGGUUUCUCUCUCCCUCCUUUUUUAAAAAUUGGGGUUACAUUAGCCACCCUCCAAUCCUCAGGAACUAGUCCAGAAUCUAACGAGUUUUGAAAAAUUAUCACUAAUGCAUCCACUAUUUCUUGGGCUACUUCCUUAAGCACUCUAGCAUGCAGACCAUCUGGCCCUGGGGAUUUAUCUGCCUUCAAUCCCUUCAAUUUACCUAACACCAUUUCCCUACUAACAUGUAUUUCACUCAGUUCCUCCAUCUCACUGGACCCUCUGUCCCUUACUAUUUCUGGAAGAUUAUUUUUGUCCUCCUUAGUGAAGACAGAACCAAAGUAAUUAUUCAAUUGGUCUGCCAUAUCCUUGCUCCCCAUAAUCAAUUCACCUGUUUCUGUCUGCAGGGGACCUACAUUUGUCUUUACCAGUCUUUUCCUUUUUACAUAUCUAUAAAAGCUUUUACAGUCCAUUUUUAUGUUCCCCGCCAGUUUUCUCUCAUAAUCUUUUUUCCCCUUCCUAAUUAAGCCCUUUGUCCUCCUCUGCUGAACUCUGAAUUUCUCCCAGUCCUCAGGUGAGCCACUUUCUCUGGCUAAUUUGUAUGCUACUUCUUUGGAAUUGAUACUAUCCCUAAUUUCUCUUGUCAGCCACGGGUGCACUACCUUCCUUGAUUUAUUCUUUUGCCAAACUGGGAUGAACAAUUGUUGUAGUUCAUCCAUGCAACCUUUAAAUGCUUGCCAUUGCAUAUCCACCGUCAAUCCUUUAAGUGUCAUUUGCCAGUCUAUCUUAGCUAAUUCACGUCUCAUACCUUCAAAGUUACCCCUCUUUAAGUUCAGAACCUUUGUUUCUGAAUUAACUAUGUCACUCUCCAUAUUAAUGAAGAAUUCCACCAUAUUAUGGUCACUCUUACCCAAGGGGCCUAUCACGACAAGAUCGCUAAUUAACCCUUGCUCAUUGCUCAAAACCCAGUCCAGAAUAGCCUGCUCUCUAGUUGGUUCCUCGACAUGUUGGUUCAAAAAACCAUCCCGCAUACAUUCCAAGAAAUCCUCUUCCUCAGCACCUUUACCAAUUUGGUUCACCCAGUCUACAUGUAGAUUGAAGUCACCCAUUAUAACU